AUGUCUUCAAGUAGGAAACGGAAAGCGCCUGGGACCGUUGCAAACAAGGCCGGACCUUCACACAUUCCGCAUCGAACAAAGCCUCAAACAACAUCUUGGACUAGAACAGUCUUUAUUGCAAUCAUUCUGGUCACCAUUACUGGAACAUUGUAUUACUAUCCCAUAUCCAACGACGACAAAGAGACUCCUGUUGAGGAGCGAGAUGCGAGCAUAUUUUCCGUUCAGGACAUACCAGGCAAGGGGAAAGGUGUUAUUGCUGCGAGGGAUAUUCAGCAAGGAGAGCUUAUUAUCUACGAGAAACCACUCUUCAUUGUUCCGCCCAAAAUCUCAGUUUCACCCUCCUCUCUGAUACACUCCAACUUGCAACGAGUUGAUCCCCGUGAUCGCCCAGCGUUCUUUAACCUCUCCUACGUCAAUCUCCCGCCGGAAGUUGAUCCUGAAGAAGACGAAGCGGAAGUGGCUCUUGCCAUUUUCCAGACGAAUGCCGUGGCCGCAGGGGGUGGGGUAGGGAUAUUUCCUCGGAUGGCUAGACUGAAUCAUGGGUGUUCAAGCGCGUUUAAUGUCGUGUAUACGUGGAGGGAGAGAGAGGGUGCACUGGUUGUACAUGCACUGAAAGGUGUCAAGAAAGGCCAGGAACUGUUGACGACGUACUCGACCAUGAGGCAACCAAGAGCUAUUAGGCGGGCAUAUCUCCGAGAACACUAUGGGUUUGAAUGUCAGUGUCAGGUUUGCAGUCUAUCAGAUGCCGAAUCGAAGGCGUCUGACGCAAGACUGGUUGCGAUUUCGGACUUGUAUAGUCGGUUUGGGACGUGGAGUGAAGGUUCGAUCAAUGGCAAGCAGGCUAUCGACAUUGUCAAGCAGAUAUGGACCCUCGGAGAAGAGGAAGGCUACUUUAGUGAGAGAGGACAACUGGCCGCUGAUGCCGCUUGGGUAGCGGCCGCCCAUUGGGAUGCUGGUGCGACGCGGGAAUGGGCAGAGGUUGGUUUAGAAUGGUACAGUUACGAGCUUGGGUCUGACAGCGAGCCAGCGGAGAGUAUGAGAGCGCUUAUGGGAGACCCAGAGCGUCACCACGCCUGGGGAUCGCGGGAAAGAAUGUACGUUUGA